GAUUACGUGUAACACUGUCGCUAAUUCAUAACGAGUUGAGAGGAUACACCUCUCUACUGUUGGAUAACAGGUUACAUCCCACACACCUGAAUAGAACUCGCUUGUUUGCGAUUGUCAAACCCUGGCGUAUUUAAUAAUGUGCAUUCUUGGUCUGAAAAUAGGACACGCAUAGAUUAGUCCCAUAUCGUAGUACUUGUUUGAAGCUGUGAAAUGUGGAUGGUAUAUACAUUCCAUUUUGUCUGAUCAUCGUUUGAGGGCUCAUUUUACAAUGGAUGAACACCGCGAACCUGCAGCAGCACCAACCAAGGAUGAAUGGCCAGAGCUUCUUCAUAAGCUUGGCGUUGAUGCAAGGGAUGCCAUACGACAAGACAACCCCGACCUAGAGGUAUUUGUACUACCGGCGGACUCAUUUGUCACGGAGAACUUCUGUCGGAGUAGAGUUAGGAUCUUCGUUCAGGUAGAUGGGACAGUCGCAAGCAUCCCCAGGAUUGGCUAAAGCACCUGUACUGACAUCAUCAUAGUGUGAACGCCCUACCUUAUGCCGUGACUGGCAGAAACACAACGUAACAACGUCGUCCGAUGAUUAGAAGACAUCAUUGUCUCAUUGGCUUAUGUGAGAAACGAUUUAAGCUCAAGUUUGUAUUUGUGCGUUACCUGAGUGUAUUUGUAAGAAGACGGGAGUUGUUGUUGUUUAUAUCUUGCAGUCUGGCUUUGUAUAAUCAUGUGGUGUCAAGAGUUAGCAUUAGGAUCUGUCGUAACGUCACGAAAUAGAACAAGGGCUUUUCACUUCAUCAUGUUUCCUAUCGUAUGAUCCUGUAUAAAUGCAAAAAAUAAAUAAUAAAACGUCACGACCUUG